AUGGAAGGGGGUCGGGGAGGAAGGUUCCUUAGGCCGCGCGUCUUACAACAGGCCGGGCGUGAUGGGUGUAAGGCCGGACUUGGAGCCUUCACCGGCGGGCUUAGAGCCUUUGUUCUGGACCUGCCUUCCGUUGCCUCUAAGGUCCAGAAGGCUCUAAGUGCAGGUCCAGGGCACCGUGCGGUACCGGCCAGAAGUACCGCACUUCUGGCCAGCCCUGGCCAGACAAUGAAUGAGAAAGUGCCCGACACCAAACGUCGCGACGCGCAUACCAUCUGGCCAGACCGUCACGUCAAAAAUGCACCGAAUAUCUGGUACUGCACUUCUGGCCAGCCCUGGACCUGCCUUCUGGACGUUAGAGGCGGCAACGCCGCCGUGGCUGGCCUUGUACACGGCACACCAUCUUUCGAAGAAGACGCCAUGCAACAAACAAAGGCAUUGCAGCAGUCCUGGUCGCUGCAGCACGGUCGGCGCUCACCGUUCCUCUCAGCUCAGCGGGCCUCCAAAUCGCUGCAGCACCACGAGUUCCCCGCCGACAAGGCACCCGAAACUCUGGCAAAAGAUAUCCAUAAUACCAUUAUACAGCGCAUGAAGGAUGACAACCUUGAUACAUCACAUCUCAAUGCCAGCCUCACCCAGUUCCUCACCCCUGGCUCGAAAGCUGGCAGGGAAUUCUCGGGACUAACUGACGCCGACAUGGUGGCCGCCCUGAACCUCCGCGAGUCGACAGCCGACGAUAAUACAGAUGCUUUGGAUGUUGUGGACGGCGUGGAGUUGUUCUAUGUGCGGAGCUGGGCGCUGUCCGUCAGAGAUUUGAAGCAGAUUCUUCUGAAUUGGGAGGAACAAGAUCUGAACAUCCCUGAGGCAUUUGAGUGGAUGACCAAAGUGUUGCUAGAGGAGAAGCGGCCCGUUGUGGCAUUGUCACCAGCCGGGAUCGGAACCUCCAGCAGUGCUGGUACUACCGCCGCAGGAUCCAAGCGAAAGACCGAUGAAGACGAGGAUGUACAAGUGUUGGAGGUGGAACUCGAUGGGGGCAAGAAGGAAAAGGUGCUUUCUGUGCGCUACGUGGGCAAGUGCACAGCCCCCGUUACGCCACAUGAGCGCUUUGUGGCAGAUCAAGUUGGGCGGAAGAGCGGUUUGUUGAAUGAGUUUCUCAACGCUCUCGAAGAGGUGUGCCCAGACACCUACGCUGCCGGCAAGACUUAUGAAUUUCCGCGUGGUCGCUUGGAUGAGUAUGUCUCUGAGUAUUCCCGAGACGAUCGCGAGAGGAGCGUCAUUGCGUUUUUCAACCGCUCAACCCUGCUCAACCGGCAGCCUGGGGGAUUCUACUCGUCCUACACGCCAGACAGUUCGGAUGUAGCAACAUUUGUAGCUUUGAAAACGGAUUUCUUCCAGAGGUUCCGUGCUUUUGCUACACCAUGCGGAAGCGGGAAGAAACAGGCCAUCAUCGGCUGGAGAGAUGAGAUGGCGACAAUCGCAGAUCAGAACCCUGUCGAUACUGGGACCGCCGUACGGCCAUUUACCGAUGACCUUUUGAAUGCUUUGCUGAAGCAAGCACUCCCAUAUACAGUCAACGGACACACCGUAUUGGUGUUGAUUGGGAAAGAUAUCACACGAGAAGACUAUCUGGGAGCCAAAACAUUCCUAAAAGGUGGCUCGCGGGCAGGAUACCUCACUGCCGACUUUCUAGCAAGGUUGCAAGCAUUGGAAAACGGAAUUGACGAUUGGGAUGCGGCUACAUUGGACACGAUCGGCUUCCCAUUUGUGGAUCUCUAUCCGUGGCUCAAGCAUAAAAACUGGCUGUUAGCGCUCAAUCAGCUUGUGGCUUACUUGCAGGCGGCACAGCCUGUGGUGUCCGUGACCUUCUCUCGACGAGUGACGGCUUUCGCAAUGACAAACUUCUACUACCCGUAUGGCCUACCGUCAUCUCAGCGCUUCUUGGACUUUGUUGGGGUCCCAAGCCUUCAACAUUACGCCGAUCGCUCCUGGCUCUCAGAUCCCCAACAGGCAUCACCUCCGGCAGGUUUCAGUACAAUCGUCAUCCCUCACCUCCAUCCUGGUCGCGACAAAUACGGUUCGCAACCAAAACAGCUCCGACGCGUUUUUGAUUUGACGUGGAUGGUGACGCUUAUGUUUGCUGACGCAGCCACGCAGGCAGCAAAUAACAGUUCCAUGGAUCAUGACACCCUUUGCUUGUCGGUGCUCCAAAUGUACGACAGAGCCAACCCAGGCCUCAGUGCAUCAGUCAAACAUCUCUAUGCAAAACUCGACCAAGCAAAAGCCGAGCUGGCAACGUACUGGGAAAACGAAACUAUGCGGGCGGCUACUCGGGUUCUGUCCAAAGUCACCAGAGAGCGCUUGAGGGCUGGAGCACGGGAACGAAUUGAGUUCUCGCAAGCUGCAGAAGGGGCUCCCUUCAGUGUCACGCGUCAGGCCCAAGUUGAUAUGCUUUGGAAGUUGGCCAUUCCCGACCUGGCCAUCCACAUGAAAGAUCCCUCUGAUGAAAAGACCUGGAAGGCAUGGGCUUUGAGUCUGAAAGAGACAACUAGCUAUUACACCUCUGCGCUGCGAAGAGCUACAUUCAAGGAUCCGGCAAAGCAUCCCUUGCGCAACAUUCUUGCCCCAUUUGCUCCGGAAGGUGCAAUUGACGACUCGUGGAUGGCGGAUCCAACGCUUACCAAGCAGGCAAUUGAUGAAAAAAGCAAGCAACUCGUUGCGGGGCUCCCCGAGGAUUUCUUCUCCUCCGCAAACCAAUCCAAGCGGCGCCGAGACUACCUCGCUGCGGGGGGACAGGCCGUCACAGGCCCACACAAGAUCGAUAAGGCAAAGUACCAUGCUAGCUGGCAUGGACGAGAGGUCAAGGUCGGUGGAAAGAAUGGUGAAAUUUGUCUCUUCUGGCACGACACAGAAAACGAUGAGUAUGUCAUCAUUCAUCUUCGAGUGACAACACGGCUCGGCACAGUCUUGGAAACUGAUCGGCGCUACAUCCAGUUUAUGGAGGACGGAAUCGGUCUGACGGACGAAACCGGGGCCUAUCUCACCAAAGGUCAGAAGCGGAUUCGAACACUCAUCCCAUAUGCAAACCUCCAUCACAUAGGGGAACCGGACGCAACAAGGGCCUUGCGCUUGGCCACCCAGGAGCGAAAAGCUUCUUCCAGGAGUACCUCUGCCACCGCCGGUCCGUCUCGCUUGCCGCGACCAGUCAUUAUACCUGCGCCAUCUUCCAGCAGUACCUCUGCCGCCGCCGGUCCUUCUGGCUUGCCGCGCCAGCCGUUUGUGCCUGGAAAAUCGCUGCUCCCACCACCGACAAAGAUCCCACCCUCCCUCUUCUCCCUUGGGACCAGAAUUCAAACUACGGGAACGGCGCCAUCUACACAUGCCCCGGGACAACCUGCCUCGGCACCACCGGCUCCCAUCGCACAGCCGCCACCAGCACGGGGAAGGGAUCCAUUCCGGAGCCCAUUGACUCCAAAGAAGGCUGGCGAGUUUGCUCUGCCCGUCAAACCUGAAGAUGGAAUUUGGCCAAUGAAAAAAUGGCUAGAAUCUGCUUUUCCGAAUGGGGGUCUAGUCACCGCCGCAGACCCUACCCUCCAUCCCAAAGCCGGCGCGCACUCUUUCAAGACCCUCUUCGGCGGAUAUCUGGACCAGAGCUUCAGUACACACUGGUCAUACCGUCUUUGGAAGGACUGGUUGGGUCAAGCAAAUUAUACCAAGAACAUCGUAGCCAACCUCAAGUUCCUACGCCCCCGAGGGUUCAAGGAUACGAGAAUCCCUGGGAGGACCUCAUCGGGCCUCGACCGCAAGUAUUCGAUCUACGAGUUUGGCCCACCGUAG